CCGAUGAAAACGCACGUGCUACGAUUCAUGAUUUUCCAAAAUACUCGCGAUGUGUUGUGUUAAGAUUAUUUGUGACUGACUUGGUGAUUUUGAGACUUGUGAUUCGAUUGUAAGGAUUCUGUGUGACUUUUACGGAGGCUGUCGAGUGAGUGGAUUUUCUUUCGUGAAAACACCAAAGAUUUAAGAUGAACCAAAAGUGCAAAGUUUGCGGUGAGCCGGCGGCCGGCUUCCACUUCGGAGCUUUUACGUGUGAAGGCUGUAAGUCUUUCUUCGGACGGUCGUACAACAACCUGAACUCCAUCACUGAAUGCAAGAAUAACGGAGAAUGUGUUAUCAACAAGAAGAACCGGACUGCAUGCAAAGCGUGUCGCCUGCGCAAGUGCCUGAUGGUCGGCAUGUCCAAGUCUGGCUCUCGAUAUGGCCGAAGGUCCAACUGGUUCAAGAUUCAUUGUCUCUUACAAGAGCAACAGCAAGCCGCGCAGACGCAUUCUCCACCGCGGGUGCCACCCUCUCCGCACCAUAUGGCUCCACCUUUUCCCCCUCAUCUCUUCCCAGGUCUGACGCGACCUAGAACAAAAGAAGAACUUGCUCUCCUUGGCUUAGACGACUAUAAGCCUAACUCUGGAUCACCGGACUCACAUCGCAGCGAUUCAUCUCCUAAACUUGAUGAAAAGUCUCGUAUCACACAUGCCCGCCCUCAAGACAGACCACUCACUCCACCGAGGGAUUUUGUUCCCCAUCCACUAGCCAAUAUGUCCUUGCCCCAUUUCCCGCACUCACCGUUCCUUCCCCCACCGCCGUUUAGCCCGUUUGCGCACAACCACCCCCUUUUAUUUCCUCCGGGCUUUCACCCAAUAUAUUCUAGACAUUUGCUGGAUCAUGCCGCGCUUAGACAAGCGGAAAACAACAAUGAUGUGAGAAUCGACGAUCACAAUACAGAGUCGUCCAAACGAUUCUUUUUAGAUGAGAUUUUAAAACAGCAACGCUCAGUGCCGACCCCGCAAGAGGAUAUCUCUGAAGCAGAAUUUGUUCCCACACCACCAGCCGAAAGGCGAACUUCUGAAUCACCUCUGCAAGAGAAUCCAAUGGACUUGUCGGUGAAAUCUGAUGGGAGGUCAAGUUCGGCUCGACGGCGGUCCGACGAUAGCGAAAUAAUAGCGCCAGACCAGGACGACCCCGAGUCGGGCAGCGACCGGGCCUCGGCCAGCGAGGAAGAGGACAUGUCAUAUUCGCAGAUUAAGAGGAUCAAACUCCACCCCCUGGAUUUAACGACCAAAGUUUGACGGCGACGUCUCAGUGCUCCAGGCCAGUAUCGGAUUGUGAUUAAUAUAAGUAGGAUCUUUCAGAGAAUUGUUAUCAAUAAAAGAGUCUAUCCAAAUACGUAAUGUAAGUAGUUUAGUAAAUUGGUUUCAGACCCGGGCGAUGGAUGUACAAAUUCAAUGUAAAUAUAAAUUAUUGUAGUGUUUAGUUUUAGUUAGUCGGUUUGAGAAUGAGCCGGGUGCGACAUUCCAUAGGAAUUAGUAUUCGAAUGUAAUUUAUUUCAUCUAGUAGAAUUGAUUGUGUUUUUUUACCAGUGUAAAUCGGGUGCAUUGUAUCUUCUGUUUAUAUUUAAGUAAUAAUUAGAGUACAGAUUAAAUAUUAAAGCAUCCUGCUGUUAUGCAAUUGAAUCAUUAACGGUCUCUAUUGGUUACAUGUUAAUUUGAAAUUUCGAUUACAAAGAUACUGCCUACUGUGUUCGAUAAAUAAUCUCUGUAGUUCAAUUGUAUAUAAAAGUCAUGUGUAGGCAACUUAUAUGGCUGAAAAUCGCAAUUUCUUAUAUAUGACAGUUAAAUACUAGUGUAAUAUCAUGUAAAUUAUAAAACUAUUGCUCAAAGCUUUGUAUUCAUUAUUAUGUACUCAUUGUGAUUGUGUCACAGAUACUCAUUUGUAAUUUUCGGAUGGUUGUAUAUAAUAUAGUUAGUGAAAGCAUUCCACGAAACGUACAAAUAAAAUGUUUUUGCACUCGA